GCAGCCAUGGUACCGAAAAACGCGAUUACUCGAUAUUUCGAGGGGUUACCCGUUUUCGAGGGGUUUUUCAACGUUUGCGGCGCGUUUGAGCGUAAAGGCCGCGACCAUGACCAAACCGCCCUAGCGGAAAAAUUGUCGAGUUAAGUAGGGGAUAACUAGUGUUUUACGGUAUUUUGUUGCGCGUCAAAACCAUUGGACUACUGGUACCACUGCACCCAGUUGCACCUUUCGGGAACAAUAGACUUGUAGUAUAGUUUACUAGGUAGUCUGGGAAGAGAGAAAGCCUUACCAGUUCCUACUCAGUGCUCCGACCUCCAUAGAUAUCUGAUAUCCAUAAUUUUUAUUAUUGUUGUUGGUAACUAUAGUAGACCACUUUUUUACUUCCCCUUUGUUCGUCAUCCGACCGAUACGCCGCGAUAACAAAGGGUAAUAAUAAAUAUAAAAUGGAUCCGAAGUCUUCGUGAUAAUCAAUGUGUGUGUCGUUUGAGAGCUGAGGCACCAUUGUCCGUAGUCCAACGGUUCCAAACGCUCAUCACUCGACGCCGUCGCCGCCCCCGCCACUGCCAUGACUGAAGUCGCAGGGUGAUUAAGGUCAAAAACCUCUUGUGCCAAGGGUUCAAGGUUGUUGUUUCCCGACCGGUUGACUAUGCGACGUUAGGCCGCAUCAACAGAGCACAAACACAGUCGCAUACACACAGAACAGUACAGUAAACCUGUAGAGGACUGAACUUUGAUUUGAUACACAGAUAGUCGUCGAAACAGUGAUUGUUGUGAUACCUAAUUAAAAGAGUCGUACGCUCUACCCGUCAAAACUGGCUCACCCGGGAUUGCCCAGGCGUUCCGCCAACGUCCAUCCCGAUGUUCGACCACUCAUCGAACAUGACGAACCUCUGCUGGCUAUGUGGCACGAGAACGAUCGCUAUUCAUUUGAAGACUCCGACCGUUUUGAAGAGGAUUCUUUGUGUACAUGGAGCAGUGAACCAGAAUCUGCUUGCAUUAAUUGGAGAGGAUGGAGGAAACCAACCGAACCAAACUCUGAAGAUGGUUAGUAUUGUCUUUAAAUUUAUUACCUACCUACUUAUACUUACCUACACCUAACAUUUUUGUUUACUAUUGUUUUGUUCAAAAGUCAUUUAAUAGAUUUAUACUUAAUACCAUUGAAUAUCUUAAAUUACCUAAUAAAAGUUUUUUUAAUAAAGUUCCUUAAAAUAGGUAGGUACCAAUUUACCUAUACCUAAUACCUAUGCAUAGGUAUUUAAUAAACUAGUAGCGAUUACCUACACUAUCUAUUUUUUAAUUGUUAGAUUUUUCUAUCAAAAUGAUGUUAAUAAUAUUUAUAUAUAACACUUAGAAGAACAAAAUAUUACAUUACUAACUUAUAUAAAAGUAAAAGUAGUUGGGUACUUAUUCAAUUUAAUAAUAUAAGUAUGUAAGUUAAUAUCUGUUGAGUUUUUGGUUUUUGUAUGUAUUCUAUUGUGUAUAUUAUAUGUAAUAUCAUCAAAAUGCUCAGUUAUUAUUUAAAAUCAAUUUUUAGUGGUAGUUUAAAAACUAAGUUGGUACUUAACCUAUAUUAGGUAGGUAUAUAUUAGUAAAUAUUUGUUUAGUAAGGUACCUUUUCUACAUAAAAAAUUAAAAAAACCUAUAUUCAAUAAGCAAUUAUACCUAUUGGUAUUAUUUAUAUUGUAUAACUGAUUAUUCAUAUCUCUGUUAGUGUAGUUUUUAUUAAUUUUAAUAUUAGGUAUAUUUAUUGUUAAUAGGUUUUUAUUGGACAUAGAAUAGUAUUUCUUUAUAAUCUAUAGAAUUAAGAUUUUAAAUAUAGAAUAAGAUUAUCCAUUAUAAUCAUCUAUGGUUUUCCUACUAAGAAACAUAAAAAAAAAAAAAUAUUAUUUAUUUGUGACAAAAUGUUUGAGCCGUGUUUAAAUAGAUUAAAUCAAUAAAUAGAUAUACUUAAAUUAUAUUCCAGAUUUCAAGUUUUCUGCAAGUAUGAAUAGUAGAAUAGGUAGAUAAUUUGUUUCGAUAUAGAAAUGUUUUUAUAUUUUUAUUAUAAUGAAAAUUACCUAAUUAUUUAGUGGUUUUUUUUUUUUUCAAGAAUGGUAGAACAUAAUAGUUUAUAAAAGCUAGAAGUAAAAAUUUAUGCUAAGAAAUUUUAAAGUAAAUACAUUAAAAAAAAAUAUGAAUCUUAAAUUAUCAACGGAGACGUAUUUAGGAUAAUGUUUCAUGUUUUGCAGUGUCAAACAUUUUCUGACAUAUUUAUUAGCACGUUUCCUUAUGUUCCUCAUUUUAUUUGGAAUAUCUAUUCAGUACUAGUAUAAAAAACAAAAUAUCUACUAAUAUAAUAUUUGAAAAUGUGAAUUUGUUUUCCCUAUUUAUAGGAAAACGAGGAAAUUACAAAUAUUAUCCAUUUUUUUAGAUAACUAUUGAUAAAUAUUGUAUAGCUGGUAAAAUACCCGCUGUGGCAUCAUCAUCAAUUAUUAAAGGCCAUGCCUUGUUGUUGAUGUGUCCAACUAACUUUAAUUUUGUUGCUUCAAUCAUUUUCAUCAGCUAUUUUUUUUCUUUUAUUUCUUCUAAUACUUGCUCAUUUCUUUUCUUGUCAAUCCAUUUUUGUCAUUCUUGUCUUUGUUAUUUUUCUCUACAUCCACAUCUUCGUUGUUUUCAGUUUGAUUCUGUCUUUAUUAUCUAUUGUCCAUGUUUCACUGCUAUAUGUCAAAACACUUCAAACAAAUGUCUUAACGAAUCUUUUGUGUAUUCCAAUACACAGGUGUUUAUUGGUAAGAAGUUGAUUCUUACUUUGGAAUGCUUGCUUUGCUAAUGUUAUUCUUCUUCUAAUGUUUGAUGUUCAUUUAUUAUUAGAAGUUAUGAUGCUUCCAAGGUAGCACAAUUCUUGAACUUGUUGUAACCGUAUAUUGCUUAUUUUUAUAUUAAUAUUUAGUUCUGGGUUCAUUUUAAUUAUGAGCACUGUUUUGGUUUUCAUAGUAUUUAUUUUCAAUUUAAAUUGGCCAAAUGAACUUGUUAGAAUUUUUAGUAUAUUAUUCAUAUCUUGUUCAGAUUUUGCUAACGUAACUAUGAAAUCUGCAAAGCAAAUAUAGUUUAUGCAUUGGCCAUUUAUUUUUACAUCAUUGGUAUUUAUUUAUUACAUCAAUGCUUGAUUCAAUUAACAGAUUAAACAAAUAGAGUGACAAGUGACAUCCUUGUCUCACCCCUCUCCUUGUUCUUGUUUUUUUAUCAACCCAUUUACAUAAAUUUCUGUUGUUUGAUCCUUUUAUAAGUUGAAAACAAACCGUCUACCCUUUCAAUAAAUUCCUUUUUCUCUUAAUAUCUUGAAUAAAAUCUUCCAAUCCACUUUAUCAUAAGCCUUCUCUAUAAAAUCUGACUUAGUGCUAAUAUCGUCUCUCUUGUUCUUCUUCAUCUACAUUUAUUUUGUUUUCUACAUAUUUAUUUUCAAUCUCUUCUUCACCUUCAUAUAAUUCUUCUACAUACAUUUUUCACCUCUUUACCACCUUUUCAUUUUCAAACUCUGUAGCCUGAUAGUAGUUAAAUAAAAAUUUAAAAAUGUACUACAUUAUGCCUACUUUUAUUGUGUUUAUUGUAUAAAUGUAGGUAUUAAACAGGAACCAAUUCGGCAUGUAGGGUAUGAGCUUGGGAACUAAUUUGGAUACAUCCAUAAUAUGUACCUAUCAGAAAGAAAAAAAAGGCUUUUUUAGAAUACCUGGUAUACUUAACUAUUAUAUUCUUAUUUAAUAGUAUAAUAAUUUUUGAUUUCCGUCAAACCCGUUGACAAGAUAUCCCACUUUUAAGUUUGGGUUGGAAGAGAGUAGUGGAGUAUCAUUUGUGUGGCGGUACAGCGCUUGGCGUAUUAACAAUACACCACUACUCUCUUCCAUAAUUAGUGUUUUCACUUGAGUGAAUCAUCCUAUAUAUAUGAAACUUAACCUUAAUAAUUAUAUAGGUGUAUAUAGAUCAGGGGUGGCCAAACUGCGACUUUUGAGACGCAUGCGGCUCUCGUCAUAGAUUCAUACUGCUCGCAUCUUAUCGUAAGAUACAAAACAUUUUUAUAAACAAAUAUAGUGUUUUUGAUAUUAUAUUUUUAAUUAUUAAUUAAUAUCUUAUUUGUUUAGUGUUCAUUUUUUUUUUUUUUUUUUUUUUUUAAGUUUUUUGAAGUCAGAAUUACACGUUGUUAGAGCAGUACUCAACAAUUCCAUUAAAUUAUCAUUCAUUAAAAUUAAGCGAUGUUAGUUUUUUAUUAUUUUAAUUAUCGAGUAUAAAGACUCGCAAGAAUAUGUUGUUUCGAAAUUUGAUAUCUUUUCUUAUUUACGAUAAUCAUAUACGUAUAUAAUAUAUAUAUAUUAAUAUGACAUUUUAAUUUAUUUCGGCUCUUCCAUAUUUAUUAAUAUAUUGGGCGGCUCGCGAGGCUCUUCUCUCUGGCCACCCCUGAUAUAGACAAUAACAAUAACAAAUAAUAAUAACAUUACAUGGUAUCUCACAUUUCUUGUUUAAAAAAUUUAAUUUUGACAUUUCUACAAAUCUAGAAUAAUAAUCAGAUAUUAAUAUAUAUAUAUAUAUACACCAGUUACUAUUUGGUUUAAAUAAGUCUAUAGCAAUGGGCACCCGCAGGAAAUUUAUCAGGGUGAUGCAUAAUAAAAUAAUAACUUAAUUUAUUCCUUAACUUAGACAAAUGUCACUCUAUGACCUCCGCUAGGAAACAUAAUCCCAUACUACACUCAUAUUCUCUUGGUGGCUACCCCCUGCUGCGUGUUAAUCCUAUCAAAGACCUAAGAUUCUACCUUUCACCCACCCUCCCUUUCAAACACCACAUCUAUGGUACUGUUUGGAGGAGUUUCAAGAUCCUCGGGUUUAUCAAGCGCAAUACAACCCUCUUUACCUCCGCUAUCUGUCUCCGAACUCUCUACUUCAGCUUCGUACGUUCCAUCCUUGAGUAUGGGUCAGUCAUUUUGUAUCCUUUCCUUUCCUGUGAUCAACUGCGUUUUAAACGAAUUUAAAAUCGCUUUCUGUCUUUAAUUGACUUUCUAUUAAAAAUUGAACACGCACAUCAUGAUAACACCCUUAUUCGCUCUACUCUCAAUAUCCCUACUCUGACUUCAUGUUCAUCACCUCAUUUCUCAACUGUACUAUUGAGUUUCCCGAUUUACUAGUCGCUGUUUUAUUUCGUGUUCUCCCACACUUUACGAGACAUCAUUCCCUUUUCUCUAUUCCCAUUCAUCUUACUUCGUAUGGUCAUAACCAACCUCUCCACAGAAUGUUACUCCUGCUCAACCAAACUUAGCCCUACCACUUUACCCCUCUCUAUUCACUUACUUAUUAUCAACCUUUAUAUCUACACUAGUGUAUUUUUACUAAUGCCAUCCGGGAGUAUAAUUUCCGUCGAUUUUCUCUCUUUAUCAAAAUUUGCAUAAGUAUUAUCACAGAUAAAUAGAAUAUUUAAGAAACUAUCAGUUACACAAUUUUACGUUUAUAUUAUUUUUUAUCGCCCUUAAUUUUAGAAGUGAAAUCACUGUUCGUUGAAGAGUUAAAUUAAAUUUUUAAGUUUGGGUGAUUAAUGGAGCAUCAUUUUGAGUGAAGGCACAGUGUAUGCCAUUUUUAUAAUACAUCAUUAUUCCUUCGCAAUCUAAACUUAAAAUUGAAAUAUCUCAUCAACGGAUUGACGGAAAUGAAUAAUUCCAACAUACAAAUUUAGUUUAACUAAAUUCCAUUUUUUUUUUUUGGAUUUUUAAUAUUAAAAAAAGAACGGACAUACUUCGCACGUGGGCGCAGCCAUUGUUGUAGGUAGGAAGUUGGAAAGGUAGGAUACAGACGGGAAUUUAAUGUUUAUCUCUAAGUAAUAAUAAAUCAUUGCUAAGGAAAAAAACGAUUCUGAGCGGAGUCUAGUUGAUAGUGUUGCUUUUUCAACAAUAUGUAUGUCACAUUAUGGUAAAAUGAUAACAACAAUGUGCGUUUCCAUGACAACAAUGAUUGUUUAAAAAAGAUUAAAAUAAUAAAAAAUAAAUAAUUCCACUCAGAAUCUAAAAUUUGAAAAGAAAUUUGAAAAUCAAAGUUGGUAGUGGUUUGAUUUCCCAAAAAUAGGGUGACAAAAAAUAAAAUAAAUGUAAAAUGUUGUUGUUUAUUUCUUAGAAAUUCUAUAAAACAAAUUCUGAUAAAGGUUAACAUUUUUCUAGAUAAUGAAUGACCUACUUAAAUGGAAUACUCUGUACUUAUACACUAUUUGCCAUUGUAACUUUAUGUGAAGCUACCUUAUGUUAUGUUAUACUACACGGUUUAAUAAUUAAGUAUGAUAUAAUAUACUCAUGCGCUUGUGAAUUGUAUUAUAUACAUAUGAAACUUAACCUUAACAAAUCGUAUAGGUAUAUAGACAACAACAUAAUAAUAAAUAAUGAUAAAAUUACAUAAUAUUGAUUUUCAAACAAAAACUCUCACUUUUCAACUUAUAUUUUAAUAGAGAGUACUUUAUGUAUACAGUUUUACUGCUUAUGAGCUAUAUCCUCUGUUAUAGUAGUUCAAAAUCUAUAUAUGAGGAAGUAGAAAAUAUAGAAUAAUAAAUAUUCCAUCUAUUUUCAAAUGAUAAAUGGAUCACUUGUAGUUACCAGUUCCAUAUUAUACUUUAACUUAUAGUGUUUGUUAUGUAGAUUAGUUUUAUAUGAACACAUAUAUUGUAGGUAUUAAAUUUAUGCGUGUAUAAUUAUAUUAAAGUAAUGAUUAUAAUAUUGUAAUUUUAUAAAGGAGAAAAUGCAUAUUAAGUAUGUUUUAUUUAGUAUAAUUGACCUAGUUACCAUUGUUUUCCAUGGUUUACACUCACCAACAGCACUGGGUACUUUCAAUUGAAAUGUUGUUUCACAAGUCAUACAAUGCAACCGAAUAUUAUCAGUUUUUCUUUCUUUAAUUAGCUAUAGUAAUUAAUUUAAUUGAUUACUUUAAAACCCAUAACAGAUGUGCACUACAAUUUAAUAACAAUAUUAAUAACUAUUAUAUUGCUCGGUGUUUUUUUUUAUUUAUCUUCUUUUUGUUAUAAAUACCUAAAUGAUUCAUUUUUGAUUAAAACAUAUACAUAUAAUUUAAUUCACAAUUGAUAUAUUAUUAAGUAAUAUCUAAAGUAAAAUAAGUAUCUAGUGAGAGGUACUUAAUGUAGAUUAAUCUUGAUUGUUUGAUAUUUACGAUAUUAUUAUAUAAAAAUACUAUUGUAUACAAUAAGAUAAGAAAUGUAAAUUAAAUAAUUUGUCUAUAUUGAAAUAAUAUGUUUGCUUGUUUUAAAAUGUUGAAUACAAAUUUGGCAUAAUGUUUAAAUGUUCAUGAAGUUAUUUUGUUAAGUUGGUAUGCAUUGUGUAUGUUUGGUUAUUAUUUAUUGGGACUUUGUAAAUUGAUUGUAUUUACUGCUGAUAUAGGAUUCAAAUAACAUAGUUAAUCUAAAAUCAAAUUUCUUUUUUCUCUGACUGUUUACAUAAUAUAUCAUAUUAUAAUAUUAUUUUCGAAGAACGGUCAAUAGGUGAUUAUCAUUUUUAAUAAAGAAUGAUUUAUAAUUAUGAUUUUACAAACUAUUCAAUCUUCUUACUGACAAUAGACAAUUAUCGCAUCAAUCUAAAUUUUUAAUGAUUUGGUUCGAGAUUCAAACCAGUGAAAUUCAUUUUGAUGAAGACUGUCACAAAAUUAAAUGAAAUUUAUUUUGGUUUAUUUCUACAGUGGGAAAGUUUUUCACUAAAUUCAACAGAAAAACUUGUAUUGUUAUGGGGAUUGCUGAUGGUUUAUAUUUUAGUAAAUUUAGACCUAAAAACCAGACAAAACUGUAGAAACUGAGUUUGACGGAUUUUAAUUUUGAAAACGGAUUAUGGCUCUUUACACAGAAUAUUAAAUAUUUAAACAUUUUUAAAUGGAAAUCGUAAAAUAAAUUCAAUUAUAUUUUUAAAAAAAAUUUCGUUCAAGUGUUUUGUCUUUUACUUACAAUAAAAAUAAUUACAACGUAUUCUAACAAUUAUUAAUAGUGGCUAUUAAAAUGUAAACAUUUUUCAUACAACUGGAGAACAUUUGGAAAAUCGGUACCAAUCCCCUUAAAUGAUAAAAUUUAAAUAUAAUUAAUAGCGAUGGGCGGAACAGAUAUUUUGUCCAUAGAUUGUUUUGAAAACUAUUGAAUAAAUUAGUCGAUAGUUAUCACUCGGUAGUGCCCAUCAUUAACAAUUAACGAUUUUCAUUUAUAUGCAUAUUGUAACUAUUAAUGUAGUUACAAAUUGUAAUAUUCGAUUUUAUUGUUGAUUAUUUUAUAAAGUAAUGUUUAAACAAUUCCGUGGUGUGAUAGUAAAUUAAUAAAUAUGACAAAAUAUGAUAAUUAAUAGGUUUAUCAGUAUUUAAUAUUCUCGAGAAAAUUAUUACAUAACAAUUAAUAAUUAUGACUACUAAAAAACAUAUUAUAUGCAAUGUAUAUAUAUACCAUGUGAUAUAAAAUGGAUGUAACAGCCAUUUUAUCAAAUAAAUAUUCAAAAUAAAGAAAACUAUAUAAUACCGAAGUUUUUUUAAAUUAUAAACUCCCAAAAUACUUUGUACAUUUUUUUACUUUCUUUUAGGUGAAGGGUUUGCAAACAUAUCUUCACCAUUAUGUUUGUCAAAAGAGUACAGGUUUUCAUUUGAAUCUUUAAAAUUGAACCCAACCCCUCCCUUAAAAGACGUAAAAAAUGUAUAAAUUAUUUUAGGCGUUUGUAAAUAGAAAAGAACUCGUACCUAUUAAACAUUUUUUCUCUUUUUUGAAUCAAAAUAUUUUAUGUGAUAAACUAACAUAGGUACAUUUUGAUUCACUCUGUAAAUAUAUAUAUUAGUUUAUUUAAAAUAAAAAUGUACAUGUAAACUCAGAGGGUAAAUAUCUGAUCAAUAUUGUCUACACCGGAUUCCAAAUUCCAGAAUACCGAGAAUCCCAAUGAUUUCCGAGAUUUUUAUAUGGGAUUUUCUGUAAGGAUCGCCAAACAUUUGUACACCGAUUUCCGUUAGUUAGUAACCUUCUGUAUAAACCAAACCUCUAUCAUCAAAUCACAAAAUUAUUGCCUUUCUGAAUAAUGCAACAUUUUACAUUUUGGACUUGAAACUUUUUUUUUUUAAGUUCGUUUCGGGUCCGAAUAUAAAAUAUUCAAAUAGUGUGGUUCGGUUUGUGUUUCAAUAAAAUAUUGUUCGUUUCGGGUUCGUUAAUUUAUAGCGAAUUUCUAAUAAUUAAUUUUUUUUUUCUUACGCGUUUUUAGUAAUAAAAUCAAGCGAUUGAUAAAACAACCGAUUACACAAUACCGUCAUUAGCCAAAUAAGUAACUAAUGAAAUAGAAAUUGAAAAAAAAAUACAUUUAUCGUUGUUUAUUAAAAUUAUUUAUUUAUAAUGAGCAAUUAUCGAAUUAAAAAAUAAAAAAUUAUACGUUUAGGUAACUUUGAUUUUUAAAUACACUGAUAUGAAUUGGAUUAAACGUUUAAUAUUUCUACUGGGUUUAAUAUUUUCAAUUAAAUGAUACACAAAUACUUCGAGUAAAACAGUAAUUAACAUAGCACAUUGUUAAAAAAAAUAUUUGUUUUCAUUUGUUUUAAAAAAUAUAAAUAUUGUCCUCGUGUUUGAUAGCUAUUGCUAAGGGAUACCUAAUUCUUAAUUUAAAAUACGUUGUUAAUAUUAUAACGCAACAAAAUCGAUUGAAUAUUUGUGUCGUGUUCAGAAAAAAAAUAGUUCGAUUCUAACUGAGGUCAACCACUUUUUUAUUCGAAAACCACGAAAAGCUCUAAACUAUAAUAUUAAUAGGCGCUCAACUUUCGUAAAUAAUAUUUGGGUCAUUCUCCAAACUUGGUGAAAUUUCAAUCACAGAGGUAUUAAACAAAAAUGAUUGUCUGAAUAAUGUUGAAUUAUAUUUCCUUUGUUAGUCUACUUGAGAUCAGCAUUUUAUUUUCACUUGAAAUUUUAACAAUUAAUAAGUACCUAAUUUAAAAAAUAUUUCAUGCUAAUAUUGUCCCUCCCUAGCCCUGUCACAAAGCCUAGGUUUUGCAUUAAAAAGUAAAUAGCGCCUUUUUUUUUUCACUUAGCACCUUACAUUCGGGUAGGUACCGUUAUUCUCAGUAACAUUUUAGGUAUUGAAUUAAAAAAGAAUUGAAUCUUUAGAUGAAACAGAUCAGUUAUAAUAACAUGUUUAACUUCUGUCACGUGGUUUGGUGUUACCCUUUAGCCGGUUUUAUAAAUUCCCGCCGAUAUCUUCAGAAAAAGAAAUUCAUGCUGAAAACUAGCGUGGUAAUACUGUCAUAAAAUAUAAAAUACGUGGGUCACUUCGUUUUGUUCUGUAACCUUAUCAAUUUCUUCUCAUAUGUGAAGAUAUAAGAUAAUAGCAGUGGAGGUGAGAUGCAGUAUUUUUAUUGACAGUCACACCCUAGAGCGUAUCAAAAUUAUACAGCUAAGAUGUUAUUUUUUGUAAUUUACGUAAUUUAUAAUUCUAAAACGAUUGGUUUUUAUUAUUUAGUUGUUUAAGUAAUUUGUUAUAUGCGAAAUGGCUAUACAUUUUAAACAUUUGAUUUAAUGUUUGUGUUUUAUAUAAAGUAAAGCUAAAUACACAUAAAAAGUCAUAACUUUGUGAUAAGUUUUUUUUUGUUAUAUAACUUUGAAGUAAAAAUUCAUGAGUUAUUUACUUUGAAGUCAUAAUAUUAUUAUAAUUUAUGUUUUCAUGCAGUUUAAGUUUUUGUUUUAAUGUAUGUAUUUUAUUUCAUUAAAAAAAGAAAUUUUAUACAGAAAUGAUAGUGUACUUAUUUCAUUUUGUCACUCCUUAGUAUAUGAUUUGUUUUUUAAACUAAUAUGAUUCAAAAACUAAGACUUUAAGUGUGUGCCUAUUUCAUGAGAUUGUCAAAGACCAUUUUACGAAGGUAAUAAUUGUUUAACAAGUUUAAGAAUUCGACUUCUAUUUCCGAAAAUGUUUGAUGACCAAACAGCACUAAAUUUGGAGAAUGGCCCAUCUAGUACAUCGCAUACUUACGCACAGUCCUGGGACGUAUAAACCCUUUUUGAAUUCAGGGAAAAUGUUUAAGUGGUCAAAUCACACAAAACCAUCAUGGCAGUGUUAUUGGAUCUAGGUUUUGCGAUAAUUUCCCCCCCCCCCUCCCGAUUUCGAUCAAUAACCGUCGCCGUCAUUUAAUAACAGAAAUGAUAAACGUAUACGAAUACAUUUUUUUCGAAAUGUACCUUUAUAUCAAUUUCAACACCGGUGUUUAUCAAUUUCAACUAAAACUUCAUCCAUUUAUGACAUUUUCAAUAUAGGCUAUUUGAAAAUCAAAAGUGUAAUCUACGAAGUAUAAUGAGUGUCGACGGUUGAUCCCUGUUUAUUAUACUUAUGCGGUACUGUUUAGACUGAGUCUUUUUCUGAAAGAAAAUCUGACGGUGUUGGUACUUUAAGAGGUCAUUUCCCGAACGAGAAAAUGAACGAAAUGUACGAAGUUAUUUUAAAAUCGUAAAUAUAAACCUUUCAUAACAUGUAUAUUGUACUCCGCUCAGAACAGUUUUUCGUUAGCGAUGAUUAAUUGUUGUGUAUAGAUAUAAAUUAUAUUUUCCCUUUACCUUCUCAACUCUUUACCUACAACAGUGGCCCGCCCAUCAUGCGAAGUAUGUCAGUUUGUUUUUUACAUUUUUUUAAUCAGUUAUAUACCCGCGUUACUUAUUUGCAUACGAAAAGUGUCUGGUUGUAUAGUAAGAACAUGUUUUCGAAACAAUUUUCUGGGGGUCUGGAGUGCUCUGUAUGUGUAUACACCUGGUCCGUUCGGUUAAGACGAGCGUCGGCUGCGUAUAUAGCAACACAGGUGAACAGGUUGCAUUAUGGGAGGGGAUUGAUAAAUGAACAUUUCCCAUAAAAUACUAUGUGCAGUGUAAUUGUAUAAGUACCGAUUAUUUACGUUAUUUUGACUUCGAAAAUAAUGACGAAAAAUCAAAUUAAAAAAAAAAAAAAAAAAAACGAACUUUUAUUACUGAUUGAUAUGUGACACCUCAUUGUAUAGGUGGGAAGUUGAAAAGGUAGGGGUUACAUCGAGUUAUUUAAUUUAUAUCUGUACGCAACGAUAAAUCGUUGUUAACGAAUUACGAUUGGUGAACGAAAUUCCGGUGAACAUGAUGUUUUCAAAAGCUGUGUGAUUUUUACGAUUUUCGUCAAAAUUUUAACUUAUAGAAGCUUAUAAAAAAAAAAAAAACUAUUAAAUUGCGCUCAGUGCUUUUUUAGCAUCAAAGUACAACUUAUGAUGAACCUUGUUUUAAAUUUUCAAGCAUUUUCGCUUUGCCAAUAAAUGAUAUUAUAUUUACGUAAAUUGAAAAAAAAAAUAUGCGAAAUGUCGCAUGGUAUUUACGAUUUCUAUUAAAAUAUGAAUUUUUAAAAGCCCCUAAAACGACUUUAUUACGUAAAAGUAUUCUUUUUAACUUUUUUUACUUUUUACGAACAUUGUGUACGAUUUUCAAUCAAUAUUUCUGCUACGCCAAAACGAUUUUAUCCCCGUAAAACCAAAUAAAAACCAUCGAAAUUCGAAAUAAUGUCAAAUGAUGAAUAGCUUAAAAAUCGCCCGCAGAAUGUAUUUUCAAUCAAAAUCGAAAAUAACGAAACCUUUAUUGUUAUUUCCGCAGACGUUCUCGGUUAUUAUUGAGAAAAUUCAAAAAAUCAAAAAAAAAAAAAAAAAUGUUCUCUCCAAUACACCGACUAAGAUCCAAAAAGCUGUGUGUGAAAAAAAAAAAAUCUCGUCGUUUUUCGAUUUAAGCGAGAUUUCUGGUAAUAGUGUAGUGGCCGAGAGAUAAAUAAAAAAUAAUACAUUUAAAACAAAACAACGACAAAGGAACCCCACAUCGUAGGAAACCCGAGUUCAAUAUUACACUUUCCUCGUCGCGCUCGAAUUCUAAUUAAAAAGUCGGUCGCGCCGAUACCUUACGGCCCCCGUGACCCGCCGUAGUCGUCAUCGUCGGAACUCGAAUCUGUUUUAUUUGCAUUUUCCAAUUGUACGCAGGUAUAUAACCCGGCCUUUUUACGAUUUUUAUCUCCUUCCUAUUACUAGGUAUUAUUUUUUUUUCUUUUUUGUUUUACACGGUAUUCACGUUUUUAACUCUGCGCGCAGUUGUCGAGAAAUCGAUACCGAAAACGUCUAAUUAACGACGCGGUCGUCGCGUUGGCGCGUGUAAGUCAUAAAAGAAAAGAAAAAAUUGUACGCCAGGACGUUAUUAUUAUUAUUUUCCAUAAUCGUUUUUAGGUUCGCGUGUAUUAUUAUACACGUGGGGUGUACCUACCUGCCCGCCAAGCGACGAACAUGAAUAGUAUACGUAUUUUGCGUUCUGCAUUCCGAUAAUAUUUGAAUGGCCGUCCGAAGACGUUUCAAAUAGAUUUCCCCGGAAUUUAUUUAAUUUUCGUAUAAAUUAUACACUAGGUGACACGCAUGACUAUUAUUAUUAUAAUAACUCGAGGUUUUGAGGUCCCAAACGUAAUAAGUAAUAGGUAGUAUAAAACGUGAAAAAGUCCCCGUAUCACUUGGUCGUUUUUUUUUUUUUUCUAAUCGAAGUACCCUAUACCUAUAUAGGACAUACACAAGGUACUUACUGAAAUUAAUGCUAUCUUCUCUCCCCUCCUCGGAAACGAAAAAGGAAAAGUGGGUUCCUAUGCGUACGAAAACCCGGACUGUUCAAGUCUGGAACGUAUAAAUCGAAAGGAUCCAGGGUUUUACGGAUAUCGAGAUUUGAACCGUACAAACAUUUUAGAAUUUCAAUGACAUUGUAAAGUUAUCGUAAGUUGUAUAGUUACCUAGUUGAUAACGAUAAUUUCGUUGAAACUCAACAAUUUUUCAUUCAAUGGCGUGGUUAGUGACAUUUGAUUGCCCGCAAAUCAAAUUAUCUAAUACCUUCCCCCGUACAAAAUUAAUUUGAUGGCCCGCGCGUGGGGAGGAGCUUUAUUCUAUAAAUAUUUGAAUCUUCUUUUCCUCCUUCACCUUUAUUCCAACUAUUUGGAGUCGGCCAACCUCAUUCUGAACUUCCGCUUGAUCUGAUCUCCCACCACGCAUAUACCGGCUGUUUACAUAUCAUUCUUAAUCCAACCAUCUUUUCCGGUCUUCCUUUUUCGCUCUGUUUCCUCUCUCCUCGCGAUAUUCCUAAACCAUCCUAGUCUAUUUUAUAUCAUUUUGUCUACUAUUGAAGAUACGCCUAAUUUAUAUGCACUCGUUUCUAUUUUAUCGCGUCGUUCCACUCAUCCACCUUAGUAAUCUAUUGGUAUUUGUAUAAGUCCCAAUUCUUCUCAUAAGCUCUCCAGUUCCGUGUUCCCAACUGUUGUAGAUCUUUCUUAACUUCGUCUAUCAAUCUGCUUCUGUGACGUCCUUGUCUCCUCGUUCCUUCUAUGCUUGCAUACAUUACCCGUUUGGGUAUUCUGGCUUUUUCCCCAUUCCUUCGACAUGACCCAAUUAUCGGAUCCUGCAUGAUUUUAUGUAUUUCAUUAUGUUUUCAAUUCCUAAAAUUUGUUCUAUUUCCUUAUUGUUUCGUAUCCUCCAUAUUCCUUUGACAGUGUCCAAGUUUCAGCUCUAUAGCAUACUUCAGGUCUGGUUUUAUAUAUUUUCAUUUUAGCGACCUUUGACAGGAGUUUUGAUUUGAGAAGUGUUAUAUUGGCAUAUUAUGAGCGGCUGCAGCCCCUUAAAUACCUUCUGGAUACGUCAUUGCGAUAUAAUCAAUUCUGCAGUUUGCUGUACAGUAUCGUCUAACAAUACAUUAAUACGAUAAUAUACAAUAUUCCAAUGUCCAUAAUCCGUAUAAUAUAGUUAGGCAUUACUUAACUAAACAGGUUCAAUGAAUUUCUUACAUUACAAAAUCCUUGAAUACCAUAUUUCUGAAGAAUCUCAUAGCUGGGUUUCGAGAUAAAAAAACACGAGUAUAAAUAUUUAUAUUGAAACUUGAAAUUAACAUUAUUCUAUUAAAUAUCAACCAAACGUCAAACAAAAUAAAGCCCCUCUGUUAAACGCUGACAAUGGCUACAUUUUGUACGUAUUUGAAUUUGAAAUGUACUUGAACGGUUUAAAAUUUACCGUCUCGAUUGUGAUCAUUAUUGUGAUUCACGUGUCACAUAUUUGAUUUAAAUACUGUAAUAUGAUUGUAAAAAAAAAAAAAUCGAAGAAUAUUGAUGCAAGCCUUUAUUUUAGCCUAUAAACUCGUCGUAUUUUAACUUUGUCAUCGUGACGUCAUUUUUUCAUACGCAAUCGGCGAAAAUUUCGAUUACUCAUAGGUGUAUAUACUUAAAUUAUAUUAAAUAUGUUUGCAAAGUAUGAAAAAUGAUAAUAUAGGGGUAAUACUAUUGAAACGCAAUAUUUUAGGCGCACAAAAACACAACAGUAAAUAUAGUAGGCAUAUAACAAUGACGGAUCUAUUUGACAACGAUAAGAUAUAAUCGAGAAAGUCAGUUAUCUUAAUAAAUAUUGUUAAAAUCCCAAAGUUUAUUUACAAUAGUUGUGUUAUUCUUAUUGUGUCGUGACAGUAGUUCAUGUCUAUACCCAUUUUGCAGUAUAAUUUGGGAAUUGAGAAAUUCUGUACAUUUCCACAAAGUUGUUUCGAAAAUACAUUAACAAUCGAGCGAUUUGAAAAAAAAAAAAACCAAACGACCCAUAAGUUGAGUUAAUUUUGUCUAGAACGAAAUACGUAAUAUCGCGUGUUUUUUUUUUUUAACCAUCGGGAAACCCGAUGAGAAAUCAUAUUUCUAGUAAGUAUUCUAGAUAGGUAUCACCAGUGGUCAGUUUAUAACCCAUAAACAUUUCGGAUUAAAUGGAAAUGCAAUUAAUUUAGAAACGUGAUUUCUCGGCGAUUUUUUCAUACAAACCAGAUUCGCGGGUAAUUUUGUGUAAUGCCGUUGUUCUAGGACACGAUAUAACCGGGGAGGAUUUUAGUGUGUAUAGAGCGCAAACAAGUGUUUGUUGUUUUUUCUUGCGAGGUUUUAACAACUUUGCGACUAGACAGUGGAAUCAUAUCCGCGGGCCGUUUUUCCGAUUUUCCUUGUAAUGUUCUUAAUAAUAGUGGAAACCGUUGCGUUGUAAUUUCUUAGGGGAAAAAAUCCCAAAGGUCUCGCGUUAGGCCACAUAAGUACUUUCGCGAAUUGCGUUGUCGUUGAAAACCCUUAAGUUUAAAUCAAACCGGCUUUACUAUUAAUAAGUAAAUAUUAAAUUUUAGUUUUCACCGGCUACGAAAAAGAUAUUACUUAUGUAAAAUUGUACAACUGAAUUAUUAUUAUUGUCUCGGGUGUUUCCGUCAGCAUGGCUAUUAUUGACAACGUCAUACUCAUUAUGGAAGUUAAUUGACGCUAAUAAAAAGAAGAUAGUAAAAAUAUUAUUUUUAAUGAAUUCGCCAGGAAUUUAAGAUCGGUGUUAUAUUAAUUAUAUUAGUUUAAAAUUUCUAUAUUAUUUGUUAUUAGUAUAUUACUAAUUUAUAUUAUUUUACUACUACCUAUUUAUUAUACACAUGUUGACGAAUUCGUUUUAAUUUUUCAGAGCCCAAACAGGGAGUUAAACAACUGGUUGAGUUAGCCGCCAAAUGUGUUGCUCUGUUCGUACCUUACGAGCUUGUCGAACAAGAGUACCCACCUGUACCGGAAGAACUACAGAUUCGCAUAGCCUUUUGGAGCUUUCCUGAUAAUGAAGAUGAUAUUCGUUUGUAUUCGUGUUUGGCGAACUCGAAUUCGGACGAGUUUAUACGCGGCCAAAAUUUAUUUUCAUCCAACUCAGUUAAGGAUUCCGUACAAAUAGGAUUUCAUCUGAGUGCCAAUGUACAUCAUGGCAACCGAAAUGUGUUCAAUGUGGCGAUUACGUUUGAUCGAAAGAAAAUCACUACAUGCAAUUGUACUUGUGAGCCUUUGUCGUAUUGGUGUUCUCACGUGGUUGCAGUCUGUUUACACAGAAUAUAUUACGUAAGAAAUAUUAUUUAAUUUAAAAUAAAUCUCUUAUAGAAAUUAUUUAUUCUAUGUAUUCAAGUAUAUUACAGUUUUUGCUACUAAUUUGUUAACGGUCUACCACUGACAUUGACAAACAUUAAAAAAAAAUACGACUGUCAGACAACUUUUUAAACUGUAUUUCAAAGUUUUUUUUUUAUAUUUCGACGAUCAAGGCACUAUUGCAUUGUUUUAAAAAUGAGAGAAAUACUAAACCAUUGCAUUAAAAAAACAAAAAUAAAAAAAGUUCAAAAGUUUAGAAUUGCAUUUGUAACAGAAGUUCAAACAAUAACCAUUAAUAAUAAAUUAACACCUCUAUUCGACUACCUAGCUAUGAAGUUGAUACAAAACAUUUUUUAUUUGUUUCAGUGCUUUUAAUUGAUUUUUUUUCCUUUUUAAAAUUCCUCAUUUUUUUUUUUUUUAAAUCGUAACAUUACAACUAACUUAAUAUUAAUAAAAAAAUAAUACUUUUAAUAGUGAAUAUUACUUAUUAUAGACCUUAAACAUAUAAACAAAGCAUUCAGGCUGGACUUGGGGAUGUGGUGUGCAUGGGCGUAGGCUGGAUGGCACGUUUGGAUGAUUGCCAUUCCUUGUGGGGUUUUUUUUAUACUAAUAAGAGCAUAAUGAUUUAAUUAAAAUAUGGCGAAUACAUAAUUUCAUUUGCCCCCUCUUCUCAAUAUAUUUCUGUGGACCUCCAUUGUUGAUGGCGUUUUGUGUGCAAAUGUAAAAUAAUCCAAGUCUUAUUAUCAGCGCAUUAUGAAAGGAUCAUUGGAACUAUGUAUUUACAUGCUCUGUAUAUGAUUAUAAAGUCUACAGUUAAUACAGAAAGAAAUAUUUUAUUUUUAGUGGUUACUUAAGUAUCAAAUUUGUCUAUUUAAUAUGUUUGUAUUUUUUAUUUGUACAAUUUAGCCUGAACAAGUUCGAUUAAGGGCACCUGUUAGUGAAAGUCUUUCCCGUUUAGGAAGAGAUCAAUUACAAAAAUUCGCACAGUAUUUGAUUACCGAAUUACCUCAACAGAUACUCCCUGCUGCACAAAUAUUAUUGGAUUCACUGCUGUCUUCACAACCAACAGCUAUUAAUUCUGUAAGAAUUUUAUUAGUUUUAGUUAAAAUGAUAAAGAUUAUAUAAUAUUAAUUUUAUGUAUUUAUUUUGAUUUUUUUUUUUUUUUUUUUUUUUUUUUUUGAUUUUAGACAAGUGGAGCACCAGAUCCAACUGCGGGUGCAUCUUUAAAUGAACAAACAACAUGGUUUUUAGAUGAAAAAACAUUGCACAAUAAUAUUAAAAAAAGCUUGAUCAAAUUUUGUAUUCCUUCACCCAUAGUUAUAAGGUAAUAUAAUUAACUAUUUAUUUUUAAAAUGAUAUAAUAUUGAUGUAUUUAUUUUAUAUAACAAUUUGUAUUCAUUGGUAGCGAUGUAAACAUUUUAUCACAAUCAGUUCCACCUGCUACUGCAGAAUGGACCAAUUUAUUGCGCCCAUUGCGUGGCCGUGAACCUGAAGGUUUAUGGAAUUUAUUAUCAAUUGUAAGAGAAAUGUUUCGUAGAAAUGACGAGAAUGCUUUACAUCUAUUAGAAGUACUUACAGAAGAAGCUGUUGCAUGUGAUCAAGUACAGACAAAUAUAAACUUGCUAUCUAAAUUGUUCUUUGUACCAAUGUUAAAUUAUAAUUUUUAGAUCAUGGUUUGGUGGUUUAACACAAAAGUAGCAUUGCAUGGAGGAGGCUUAAACGGAACUAGUAAACAGCAUACUGGUUCUACUGGAAACACCAAUACAGCAUCACAUGCUUGUGCAUUACUGUGUGAUGAGAUGGUUACACUUUGGCGUUUGGCUGCAUUAAAUCCAAGCAAUUCUCCUGAUAUUAAGUCAGUAUUGAAAAUAAAAUUUAAAGAUUGGCAAGAAAAAAUCUUUUCUAGGGUAUGUGGUUAUACAUGAGGUAUUAAUAUUUAUAAUAUUUCUUAUAGCUUAGUAAGUUUAAUUGAAAUUUUAGGUAAUGAAACACAGAAAUAUGGCAAACACUAAAUCAGCAAAUCAUUUUCGUCAAGAUACAGAAAUUUUUAUUGGUUUCAAUCCAGCUUGUGAUGCUUGUGACUUGGACUGGGGAGAUUAUCCAUUAGCUGGUAUCACAUAUGGUACCACUUGUUGUUGUGAUAAUGGUUCUUGUGUACACAUUAAACACACAGGAACAGCUCCACAUUUUAUAGGAGACCAUGUAAAUUGGAAUGAAUGUGGUUCAUCUACAAGAGUAAGUUAAUGCAUAAUUUUUAAUCAAAUUAUGAAAAUUUCAUUAUUUAGAUUGUUCUUUUUACCUUUUUAUUAAAUUUUAUACAUAAUAUGGUGUAGAAAAAAAAUUGACCUCAAGUCAUUAAUCUUGUAAGCUAUUAAAAAAUUUCACAAUUACAUUUUUAAUAGUGUUCUUUUUUUUUUUUAGGGAAACUGUUCUAAGAAGUCUUUCCCUGAAUGUUAUUUGGACAUAAAAAAUAACAAACAUUUACACUAUGGAAAUCGCACAUAUCGACCAGAAUAUCGUAAUAAAUCACACAUGCGUACAUCUAUUCGUGCGCCUAAUGCUGAGUAUGUAUAUUUUGUAUAAUUAUUAUGAAUAUAAUUUUGCAUUAUAUCCAAAUUUAAUAUAUGUUACAGAAAUAGACCAAUGGCUAAUGUGUAUUGGUUGCCACGAAAUAUAUCACAACCAGAUGAUGAAACUACUAAUAAUAUCAUUAUUCCUGAAACUGUUCCUGUGGCUUAUUUAAAUAAUGAAUCGGACCCAUUAGCUAGUUGCACAAGUAUUAUUAUUUAUUUUAUUAAAAUAAAAUUUAAAUUUCAAAAUGCAUAUUACUCAAAUUUAUAAUUUCGUUUUACUUUAGAUUUGAAUGCAUCUACAAGUUCCUCAUCAAGUACUCAACCAGGUACACCUCUUCAAAUUAAUAGUGUUUCCAAUACAUCAUCUGAAAGCCAGAGUAGUGAUGAAGGUGAUCGAUCAGCAGCACAAAAAUCUACUUCUUCUCAGACUACCCCACCACCACAAGAUGUAGAUGAUUACAAUUUCCUAUAUAAUUAUGAUUCCAAGAACUUAGCAUCUAAAUCAUCAGACCACAAUAAAAAAAUACUGGAUGUUAAAUCAUCAGAUAUUCAACGACCAUCUACUUCUAAAACAUCUGAACCUAUUACUCCGUUAGUAAAACUAGAUGAAGAAUGGGAUAUAAUGUUUUCGAGAGCUGAAGGACUUUACGCUUACGGACAUACAAGUGAAGCUUGUGUACUUUGUGUAGAACUUGUAGAUCAAUUUUUAAAAAAUCCUCCUAACUUUAUAUUUGAUAUACCUCAACCAUCAAUAAAAGCAAAACGAAAAAAAGUAUGUAAAAAGAAAAAUUAUUUUUGUUUUUCAUAAAAUUAAAAAAAAAAUUUGAACUUUAGAUUAAUCCAGUAAGUCAUCACUUAUCAACAUUAGCAUCUGAAAUUCUCCAAAAAUGCUAUUUUUUGUGUUCUGUUUUGGCCGAACGAAAAGAAUAUUACAUACAUGCGUUUAAAAUUGGCUUAUAUGGUUUGGAAAUGCCAAGACUCCCAGCCAGUACAAAACCAUUAGAAGUGAGUUUUAUUAAUUUAAAUAAACUUAAUUGCAUACCUAAUACAUACCUAUACAUAUGUAAUAAAUGUACACAUAAUAUUUUUAUGUAUAUCCAUUUGUUAAAUUAACAAAUAUUAUAAUAUUUAGGUAAAAAUGGCUCACCAAGAAGGGGAAAUUUUAAAUAAUUUAAAACGUAUGUUGCCUUUGGGAAAGGAACAAGUGAGCAUUCUCCAAAGUCGGGCAAAACUUCUGUGUGAUGGUCUUUAUAAAUCGCGCGGUGAAUCAUUGUUGCCAUUAAAUUUGGCUUCAUUUAUCUUUGAAUGUUUGGUAAUGUGUCCGUCACCAACUCAAGAUCAAACUUCUGAUGAAGUUUUAGGCUUUGAAGCAUCUGUGGCAGCUUUAGGUAUGAAGGCUAACAUAAGUGAAGCAGAUCAUCCAUUACUCUGUGAAGGAAUUAGACGACAAAGGUGUGUACAAAUAUUCUAAGUAUAAUAUGUUUACAAUUACAAUUUUAUAUUUUAUAUUUAAGAGGUGACUUGGCAACAAGCAUAUUAAUUCGUUACAAGAAUAAUCCUUUUCGUUUGGCAAUGGCUAUGGACAAACUGUUGGAUAGAGAAGUACAUCCAUUUUUACAAUCGGCUAUGGAUGCUUGUUGGUAUAAUAUAAGAGAUCCUAGAAACUUACCCUUAGUAAUUAUGAAGGAUGUUGCAAGUAGUAAUAAUGCACAAAAUCAUUGUAAGUAUAAAACAUCUUAAAAUUUAGAAAGACAUACUUAUGUAAUGUAACUUGAAACUGGUGUUUGUUUUGAACACAUAGCAUCACAAAGUUACACUCCAAACAACUUAAUUGUACCUGGAGAUCUGGACCCAAAUAUUGCUGCUAUGACAUUGAAUCCGGUACCACCUCAAAGCCAACCUAAUAAUUGUCCUGGAAUGUCUUCUCAUAGAAAAGAUAACAGGUAAAGCAAUUAAUUAUUUUCAAGAUAGUUUUAGUCAGUCAAUUUUUCAUACAAAUUGGACCAAUAAGCGAUGGCAAAUUAAUCAUACUUACCAAUGAUAGAUUUUAAUUUUUAAAGUAUGCAUAGAUUUGUUGAGAAACUGUCUAAGUUAUUAAGGAAGCUGAUUUUCAAUUUUGAAGACCUUAAAUUAAGAAAUUAUUUUUGUAAAUUAUGUGAUUAAUCACAUUCACACUAGUAUUGAUUUUGGGCAGCAAUUUGAAAUCAAAAGAUUGGCUUCCCGACGAAUAGCAUAGACAAUUUGUCAAAUAAUCUAUACAUAUUUCAACAAUUUAAAUCGGUCAUUGAAAAUUAUGUUGAAUUUCCACUGCUUAUUAAUUUUAAACAGCAAUUUUCAACUUUUUAUUUAUAAUUUUUUCUACUUAUCAAAUAAUAAAAUGUAAGUAUAAAUUAUUUUAGAUGUAUGUAAGCUGAUAACAGUUUCUUAUUUUUACUCCUUAUAGAAAAUGACUGACUAGAACCUCUUUUAUGAAAAUAGACAAAUCAAAAAAUAAAUGUUACAUGUUUCACUAUUUAAUUUGAACAAUAAUUAUUAUUUAGGUAUAAGAGUAUCAAGCGCAUAUAUCCUAGUCAACCUAACCAAGCUUCAGAGGCUAAUGCUCACUACCUAUUUGAAUUGGGUAAAACUAUUUUGAGUAAAGUAGGUGGACCGAUACAGACUACUGUUUUCUCACAACCUCCGCUACCUACUCAACCUCAUCGUGCUCUGCAUAUGUGUGCAUUCCAAUUAUCCUUGUAUUCUUUGGGACUUCUUAACCGUGUUACGCCCAAUUGGCGUAUUCGUAACUAUUCAUCUCAAGUCACAUGGAUUGCUGACCACGCAAUGGAAAUAGGUGCACCAGCUACUUUGUUCUUACUUGCAACAUGGGAGGGCCUUUUGACACCUACUGAAGUAGCAAAUAUGGCUGAUAGAAUGUCACGUAGUCAUGAACGUAAUACUGUUGAAGCAGCAGCUCAAUUGGCACUAUCAUGUUUGAAACAUUCUGCUUCUCUUAAUCCAAAUGAAAUCACAAGAGCUAUCAUACAAGUAAGUAUAUAGUUAUAAUAUCUCAGUUAAGUAAAAGUUCACAGUUUUAAAUUAAUUUAUGUUUAUUUCUGUUAUUUUUAGUGUAAAGAACAGGCAGAUUAUAUGAUGGAAAUCGCUUGUCUAACAGUAGAAAUGGCAGCUAAAGGCGGUGGAGUUUUUCCUGAAGUUUUAUUUAGCGUAGCGAAACACUGGUUUGACUUGUACAUGAGAGUAAGUAUUCUUUGUGUACUUAAGUACUUGUAGUGUAAAAAUCUAUUUUUAUUUGUUUUUGUUUUUUAGCAUCCUAAUACAGAUGAAGACAAUUACACGCUACAGGUAGAGCCAUAUUCAACCAAUCAUCCAAUGCCAGUUGAUGCUAACCAACAACCACCUGCUCCUCCUGUUCCUGUCUACACUCAUCAGUUAAUAGCACCUCCACCAACCUCUCAUACUCCUCUGUAUCAACUUUCAUAUUUUGCUAACAGAUCGAGGGCUCAAAGCUCUCAGCCCACUAAUACCCAGCAGUCCAACACUGUAAUGUAUUACCCAUAUUCUGCAAUUUCUUCAUCAAACCCAUAUCCACAGUAUUAUUCUCCAUAUAUCCAGGUAAUUAUACAAAUAUUAUUUCAUUAUUAUAACCUUAAAAACUUUAUUUAUAUGCAAACUAAACAACUAUUAUUUUUUUUGUUUUAUUAAAGAGUCCUGUACAGUACCAAAAUGGGAAUACUCAAAGCCAACCGUCACAACAAUCAUCCCAAUAUUUUAUUCAACCUCUUAACCAAAGUGGAAAUCAAAUUAGAAGUCCACCACCACAAUCUCAGGUAGUAUUAAUUUUAUUUUUUGAUUAUAAAAACAAUACAUUAUCGUUAUCCAUUCUCUAAAUCAACUUGUGUAGGCCAAUAUUUGUCCACCAUCAAACAUACGGCAAGUCCAUCAUUUGACAUCUGCAUAUCGUGUUGGUUUAUUGGCUUUGGAAAUGUUGGCCAGACGUGUUCAUGAACCUAAUCAAGCCAAGUACUCGAGGAAUCCACCAUUUAGAGAUGAAAUUCUGUGGUUGUUACGUUUAUCAAAGAAAUUAGGUAUGUUUCGUUCUCAAUAUAAUAUAUAAAAUAGAGUGUAUUGUGCUGUUCUAUAUUAAAUGUGAUAUAUUUAUUUAAUAGCAUUAAAUUAUUAUACAACAUUGUUUUUUCUUCAGGAGCGAACUACACUCAACAGUUUUGUAUAGCCGUCACUAAUAGUGUAGUGAAUCCCUUCACACUUCAUGAUGUUGCAAUGGAAACCGUUAUAUACAUGAGACAUUUCAGUCCUAAUCCGACCAUGUGCCCUUCAUUGGGUCCUUUAAUAGAAAAGUGUCAUUCUAUGUUAGUAAUAUCAUAAUAAUUCAAUGUUAAAUUUCCUCAUACCAUAUCAGUUAAUAUAAUUUAUACAUACACACAGGUACAUUCAAUUGCUUCAUCAAAAGUUAUAUCAGUUGUCAUCACCAGACUAUGAAGAGUAUGUUGGAAUACUUUUUUCUGCGUAUGGUGCGUUCGCAAUUACACCAGAAGGGAGUAUUAUGUUUAAGGAUUGGCUACAGACUGUUAGAAGGUAAUUAUUAAAAUAAUAUUUUAGCAACAGUAUUUAUUUUUUUAUUUGAAAUAUAUUAUUAGUCAGGAAUAUUGACUAUUAUUGAUUUUAAGUGAAUCCAUCAACUUUUUAAAUUUAAUAUGUAUAUAAUACUCAAUAUUUUAAUAGUAGUUAAAAUUCUGUAUUAAUAUUAAUGUGUUUACUGUUUACAUAUAUUUCUGUUUACCUAUAAAGUACCUAUAUAAAAAAAAAUAGUAAAUAUAUAAAAACACUGUUGUAGAAACAGUAACUUCUCAGUUACAUAUCAAAGCUAAAAUAUUAAUUAAUACGAGUCCUUUUUAUUUUGAUGAAUUUAUUUAAAUUUAAAAUUAAAGUAAAACAAAUAUUUUUUUUUAUUAUUUUUUAUAAAUUUAAAUAUUAAUGUUAUUAAUUAUUAAUAAAUAUAAACUUAUUAACAAUGAAAAAAACAAAUUAUAUACGAUCAGUGUAUAACUGGCAGUAGUGCCUACUGUUCACACUACAUAAAUAUAAAAAAAAAAAAUACUCGUGUAUAGCAUUAAAUAAGCUUAUAAAACCAAGUCAUUUUGUGUAUAUGUAUAAUAUGUGUUUUAUACAUUGCUGAAUUUACAAUUAUAACUACCUGUUAAAUUUAUGUUUUUAUAUUUGUCAUUUCAGAUCAAAAUCAUGUAAAAAAGAACUGUGGACAAUGAUAACGAAUGUACUACCUACUACUUGACAUUCGUCUUCUGAAGUAGUUGUACUCUCCGAGGGCAGCGUUUCGUCCUAAACAACAACAACAAUGUACAGCGUACAGCGAUUUAGUUUUUCCUUUUUAUUUUUUCAUUUUUAAACAAUUAGACACAGUUUUAACGAACCGGACAUUUUCGAUGAUUUUCUAUAUAUUUAUAUAUUGAGUUGGUGUAACUUAACAUUAUAGAUAUCAACACAUUUUUAAAGUAUAUUAGUUAAUUUUUUUUUUGUAUUUUUUUUUUUUUUGUUCACCUAGCUAAUUUCAUUUGAAUUAUUAUAUUAUGUUAUUUUACUCACUUUUAUUUUUUUCUUACAUUUUACUUUUAUUUUUGUUUCUUAUUUUUUAAAUAUUCGUGCGUGCGUUAAGUCCCGUUACACUGUAUAAGCAUAAGCUGAAUAUUAUAAUAAGACUGUUUUUUUAUGUACUCAACACGUACAAGUAUUAUUUAAAUCAUAGGCUAGCUUAUGUUAUAAGGCUUUAACAUUAAACAUUAUGAAUAAUUUAUAAACGCAAAGACUUACAUAGGUAACCUAUUUUACAAAGGAAAGUUUUUGUAUCCCUUUCAUUCCUCCCCUAUUCAGGACUACUUACAAUAAAAGAUAUUUAAGAUUUCUAGGUUAAAAUUUGAUUGAUGACAACACAAACGUAGCAAAUUAUAUAAUAUUUUUCUGUGUUGUCAUCACCGUGGUCAAUUUUGUUGGAAGAAAAAAUAUUUGCAGCUAGUGUAUUAACUUUUUGAUAUUAGUGAAUUAUGUAACAAUAAAAAUUGUACAAUGUAUUAUAUAUAAUACAUAUGUAUUGUUGUGUGUAUCUUUUUUAAAAAAUAAUUACUGUUGAAACAUUUUAGACGAAUAAUUAACGAAAUAAACAUUUUAGAUAUCAUUUGGUCACACAAAAUUAUUGACAGGCAAAAACUAAUUAGAAUACAUGAUUUUAAUGGCGGAAUCACUGAAAUAUAAUAUUUAGUUCUAUAAAAUAUAUGAUGGAUUGCUCUCAAUAAUUUAUUUUAAUUAUGCUUUCAGUUAUUUGACACUGUGAUUCUUUUGUGUGAACUGUAUUUUAAAUAAAAGCUACGACCACUCGCUCAUUUACCUGUGCUCACCUUAAUGAUACUUAAACAAAUUACAAUUAUAAAAAUUAAAGAUAAAAAAAAAAAAAAAAAAAUGAAUUAUAGAGGGUAUUAAAAAUAAAAUAUAUAUUAUUUCUUCAAAAUAAUAAUAAAAAAAAAAUAUAUUCCCAUCAUAAUCCUUUGUAAUUGAAUUUAAAGUGUUAAAAUAAAAAAAAACAAAAUGUUAAUUAUAUAUUUAUAUAUUAGGUAUAUGAAUAUAUUAUGCAAUAUUUACAUAUUAUAUUUACUCGUAAUACUCUUAAGGAUUUAUAUGUAAUGAAUAAAAAAAAUAAAAAUAUUAUAUCAAAUAUAUAUAAAUAUAUUAUAAUAAAUCAAUCGUACAUUAGUUAUUAAAUGUUAUUAUUUUGUAAAAUUGAAUAUUAAUUUAAUUCUGAAUGUUUUUUUUUUUUUUUUUUUUAUGACAAUGGAUUAUAUUAAGAUCGUAAUGAUAUUACAUUAAGCGUUUUAUUAUGACGUGUGAAUCUUAUAGUUC